GAUUGUUAUAGGUGGUCCAUACACACGCGGUCCACUUCUUGUUUAUGAAUUUUACACAUCGCGUGAAAAACCCAGCCCAACCACUAUCCCUCCUGUUUUUCUGGGUAUAUAAGAACCUUUUUGCAACGAUUUAACACAACACUACCACAGUGUGUCUUAAAGUAUUCAGUUCUUUGUGACUACAAAAAGAAAUUUUUUGUAAAUUUAAAAAAAAUGAAAUUCUUGAUUGUUGUACUUGCCAUUAUUGGGGCUUCACUAGCUGAAGACGCAGCUCCCGCCAAAGAAAAACGGGGUAUUCUUGGAGGUUACGGAUAUGGUGGAGUUGGUUUAGGUGUCGGCCAUGGAAUUGGAUAUUCAACUCCUAUUGUAGCUGCUCCAGUAGUUGCCGCCCCGGUUAGUUAUGGAUAUCAUGGAUAUCCAAGUGUUUCAUACGGAGGAUAUCAUGGUUUGGGUUACGGGGGAUACAGUGGAUAUGGUGGAUACGGCGGAUAUGGUGGAUACCAUGGUGGAUUAGGUUUGGGAGUUAGUGCUAUUAAGACCUACAGCGCUCCAAUCAUCACGAAAGCUUAUGCUGCUCCCGUUUCUUAUGGUGGAUAUGGUUAUGGUGGAUACUCCGGAUACAGCCCCUAUGGUGGUUAUGGAUACAGCAAGUAUUGGUAAAUUAAACGUGGAUUUUUAAAUAUCGAUCAUCCCAAAAAUUUGUUUAGAAUUUAAGUGAAUAAGUUUUUCUUUUCUAUUUAAGAAAUGAUUUGUAUAUAAAAAUGAAAGAAAAUAAAAAAUAUGUUUAGACGAAUUUUAAACGCCUUUAA